CUUUGGCGCUAAGGAGCUUCUUUGGCGGAGGCUUAGGAGAGAGAGGCGCCUUCUCUCGCCGCCUCGCCUCGGUCUUUCCAACAGGCUCUGGAUGUCGGAUGGGAGUAAAUGAGCCUAGGCAAAGAAACCAAGCCGGAGGAGCCGCGGUUUAAAAUUGGAGAUUAAGGAGGCAAAGAUAGCCCGGGGGCAAUGGAGCCCGGGGCCCAACUCUUCCGCGCGGUGACUUUGCUGCUGCUCAGCGGCUGGCGUUUCGGCUUCGCGGCUUCCAUCUAUAAUUGUGAAGAGCCACUGAUACUGUCAUUACCUGCAUCCGCUUUUGAUAGUUCAUCCAAACUCUCCAAUAACCACAGCCCCAGCUUUGCGAAACUCAUCAGACGGGACGGAGCUGGUGGCUGGUCUCCUUUGGAUUCUAGUAAGGAACAAUGGCUCCAAAUUGAUCUGGGAGACAGAGUAGAGAUUACAGGCAUUGCUACUCAGGGAAGAUAUGGAAGCUCAGACUGGACCACAAGCUACAGUCUAAUGUUCAGUGAUACUGGUCGCAACUGGAAGCAGUACAGACAGGAGGACGUAAUCUGGGUUUUCCAAGGCAAUGUCAAUGCUGACAGUGUGGUCCAGCACAAAUUCCUUCACUCUGUUAAAGCUCGCUUUGUACGCUUUGUGCCUGUGACAUGGAACCCGAAUGGAAAUAUUGGUCUGCGGGUUGAAGCUUUCGGAUGCUCAUACAAAUCUGAUGUUGCAGAUUUUGAUGGGAGGAGCUCCCUCCUCUACAGAUUCAAUCAAAAGCUGAUGAGCACCUUCAAAGACGUGGUUUCCCUGAAGUUCAAGAGCAUGCAGGGAGAUGGGGUCCUGUUUCAUGGUGAAGGGCAGCAUGGAGAUUACAUUACUCUGGAGCUGCAAAAUGGGAAGCUUUCCUUGCACAUCAACCUGGGAGAUGCCAAGCUUCGUUUUGGCAACAGCCAUACCUCAGUCACCUUGGGCAGCCUCCUGGAUGACCAACACUGGCACUCAGUUCUCAUUGAGCGAUUCAAUAAACAAGUGAAUUUCACAGUGGACAAGCACAUGCAACAUUUCCGGACUAAGGGAGAUUCUGAUGAUUUGAAUAUUGAUUAUGAGCUCAGUUUUGGAGGAAUCCCAGUCCCAGGAAAACCAGGAACCUUCCUGAAGAAAAAUUUCCAUGGUUGUAUUGAGAACCUAUAUUACAACGGAGUCAAUAUCAUUGACCUAGCCAAAAGACGGAAACCACAGAUCCACACAGUGGGGAAUGUGACAUUUUCCUGUUCAGAACCGCCAAUCACCCCCAUCACUUUUGAGAGCUCCAAUAGCAGUUACUUACUGUUACCCGGCACUCCUCAGAUUGAUGGCUUAUCUGUCAGCUUCCAGUUCAGAACAUGGAACAAGGAUGGACUCCUCCUGUCUACUGAAUUGUCAGAAAAUUCUGGCUCGCUCUUGUUUUAUCUCAACCAUGGCAGACUGAUCCUCAACAUCCAAAAAGGAACAGAGAGAUAUGUGGGCAUCAGUGCAGGCAACAAUCUAUAUGAUGGCCUGUGGCACUCGGUUAACAUCAAUGCCAGAAGACAUCGCAUCACCUUAACUCUUGAUAAUGAUGUAGCAUCGGCUGUUCAUGCUACCACCGUUUCACAGAUUUAUUCAGGGCAUAGCUAUUAUUUUGGAGGGUGCCCUGACAAUUUUACCGAUUCAAAAUGUUCAAAUCCCAUUAUGGCUUUUCAAGGUUGCAUGAGGCUCAUCUUUAUUGAUAACCAGCCCAAGGACCUCACUUUAGUUCAGCAAGGCUCCCUGGGGAAUUACAGUGAUUUGCGCAUUGAUAUCUGUGCCAUCAAAGACAGGUGUUUACCAAACUACUGUGAACAUGGAGGAAAAUGUUCCCAAUCUUGGACAAUUUUCUUCUGUGAUUGUAAUGAAACUGGUUACACUGGAACAACCUGCCAUAACUCUAUUUAUGAGCAAUCCUGUGAAACUUAUCGACACCAAGGAAAAACAUCUGGUUUCUUCCACAUUGACUCUGAUGCGAGUGGUCCACUUCCCCCACUUUUGGUAUACUGCAAUAUAACAGAAGACAAGAUCUGGACAGUGGUACAGCACAAUAACACAGAAUUGACUCAUGUCCACGGAUUUGAUCCUAGGAAGCCGUACACCAUGAACUUCAGUUACAAUAGCAGUGGGGAUCAGCUGGAAGCAAUAACAAAUAAUGCUGAAUAUUGUGAACAGGAGACAAUUUACCAUUGUAAACAGUCACGUCUGCUGAAUUCCCCAAAUGGAAUUCCAUUUGUUUGGUGGGUUGGUCGUGCCAACGAAAAACAUCCUUACUGGGGAGGAUCAAUUCCAGGAAUCCAACAAUGUGCUUGUGGUCUAGAAGAAAGCUGUGUGGAUCUGAGAUAUUUUUGUAACUGUGAUGCAGACAGAGAAGAAUGGACCAAUGAUACUGGCUUCCUUUCCUUUAAAGAACAUUUACCUGUGAACCAGAUAGUUAUCACUGAUACGAACAGACCUAAUUCUGAAGCUGCCUGGAGAAUUGGUCCUCUUCGUUGCUAUGGAGAUAGACAGUUCUGGAAUGCAGCUUCUUUCAGCACCGAAGCUUCAUACCUUCUCUUCCCCACUUUCCAUGCCGAGUUCACUGCAGACAUUUCUUUCUUCUUCAAAACAACCAAAAUGUCUGGAGUCUUUUUGGAAAAUUUGGGAAUGAAAGAUUUCAUCAGGGUUGAAAUAAGCUCUCCUAAAGACAUCACUUUCACAGUUGAUGUUGGAAAUGGCCCUGUAGAGAUUACUGUUCAAUCCCCUAUGCCCUUGAAUGACAACCAGUGGCAUUCUGUGCAUGCUGAAAGGAAUCUUAGAGAAACCUCUCUUCAAGUUGACAACUUUCCAAAGAAGACUUUAGAAGCACCUGCUGAAGGACAUUUUCGAUUGCAGCUAAACAGUCAAUUAUUUGUAGGAGCAUCUGCAUCCAAACAGAAAGGUUUUAUGGGAUGCAUUCGCUCUCUACAUCUAAAUGGACAGAAACUUGACCUUGAAGAGCGAGCCAAAGUGACUCCUGGAGUCAAACCAGGAUGUUCAGGUCAUUGCAGCAGUUAUGGUAACCUUUGCCAGAAUGGAGGGAAAUGUGUGGAAAAACCCAAUGGCUACUUGUGUGACUGCACCAAUUCACCAUAUGAAGGACCAUUCUGCAGAGAAGAAGUCUCUGCAGUGUUUGAAGCAGACACUUCUAUUACCUACAUAUUCCAGGAACCUUAUCCUGUAACUAAAAAUGCAAGUUCUACAUCUUCGGCCAUUUAUGCGGGUACAUCCAUAUCCAAGGAAAACAUCGCUUUUACUUUCCUGACAGCAAAUGCUCCAAGCCUUCUGUUUUACCUCAAUGCUUCUUCUCAUGAGUAUCUGGCUGUUAUUUUGUCCAAGAAUGGAAGCUUGCAAGUCCGAUACAGACUGAGUAAAGACAAAUCUCUUAUUUUCACAAUUGAUUCUGGAAACUUUGCUAACAGAGAACUACACAGCGUGAAGAUAAAUAGAGAUGGAAGACAGCUGACUAUUCAGAUUGACCAGAUUCUCAAAGUCAAGCACAACUUUUCCUCCGAGGUUGAAUUCAGAGCCAUCAAAUCAGUGACCUUAGGGAAAGUGAUUGAUAGUCAGGGCCUGGAUCUGGAAAUCUCCAAGGCAAACUCCUUUGGAUUCAUUGGAUGCAUGUCAUCUGUGCAGUAUAACCAUAUUGCUCCAUUGAAAGCUGCCUUAAGACAUCCCAACUUAGCACCAGUGACAGUCCUGGGUUCGUUGUCUGAAUCAAACUGCAGGUCAUUGGUUGAAGUAGAUGCAAAUACAGCAACCUCAAUUUACUCUUCUUCAGAUCCAUUUGGGAAGGCCGAUGAUAAAGAACCACUCAGCAAUGCUGUCAGAAGUGAUUCAGCCUUCAUUGGAGGUGUUAUUGCAGUUGUGAUCUUCAUCAUCUUUUGCAUUGUGGCCAUUAUGAGCAGAGUCCUCUAUCGGCACAAACAGACUCAUCGGAACAGCCAGACGAAAGAAAAAGAGUAUCCAGAACACCUUGACCGUUCUUUUAAGACUGAAGUUGACUUACAGAACCCAGUGAGCGAAUGCAAACGAGAAUACUUUAUCUAAAAGACUUCCUCACUCCUUGUUACACUUUGGCAUUUCCAUGAUGAUGAUGAUGAUGGUAGUGAUGGUGGUGAUGGUGUUUUUAAUCCAUCUGUUACUUUGGAAUUUCCCCACUCUUUGGAAAGAACUAAUAGACACAGAAGAAAUAGGCAGAACUGUACUGUUCUCCAUCCAAGGUCACCAUAGAUAACACCUAACUGCUCAAGCAACCGUGUAUUCUAACUAAGUUCAUCAUUACAUGCAUGGUUGACUAUUUAGUUUCUGGAUUUCUGAGAUGUUGCUUUCUGGACCAUUUCAUGUUGGACCUGAGUGAUAUAUACUAGAGGUAAAGUGUGCAAGCUAAUUAUGUAGCAUUACAGCUAUUGCAACAAUGUAGUGUGAAAGAAUAAGAUCAAAUUAUCUCGCUAAAAAUGUAUUUAAGAUGAGCCAAAUCCUUUGUCCUGCAAAUAGGCAUAAUUCUGUAUCGUGUCUGUGGUGCUCUGCUGAAUUUGCAAACUAAGGAUCUGGAACAGCCUUUUUUCAUUCAUAUUCCUUUUGAUCACUUCUUUUCCUUCAAAACUGAAACAUUUGUCCAACACAAGGUCAGAGUUUGCAAGACCAUAUUACUUUCUGAAUGGGCAGGCUGGAGAGAACUGAGACCACUGGGAUAAAUCUGUCAAGUGUUUGCCCUCCUUGCAUAACCCCUUUACAUUCUGGGUCAAUUUGGUUCAAGAAUCACCUGGCACUCAAGGUGGACUUGUGUGACUAUGAGAAAUAAGCUUGGUUUUAUAAGAGGCAUCACUCAAUCACUCAUGUCCUCCAGGAUAGAAGAGUUUACAAGCCUGCAGUAGAGUUGGCCUAAAGAUGGGGAAGAGCAGAAACAGUUCCAUUGGGCUUGAGCACCAACAAUGCCUCUGGCAUUCCAAAAUAAUUUGUAAACGCUCUUCAUCUGAGGGCCACCCGGUUCUUGUCCUUUGAAGGGACGCUGUGUGGCUGGGUCAGAGGACCCCUGUGAGGAGGGCCAAAGAGGCGGGAGAUGUGUCAUGUGCUCAGGGUUUCAGCAAAUCCAGAGAGGCUGAAGCCUGCCCAAUGAAUGCUUAACCUCUGCUUUGGCCUCUGAGCAUCCCCUUUCCCAUUGGUUUCUUGGGGAAUGGCACUUUCCUCCUCAUUGGGCCAUUCUGCUCUCCCUCUUGGGCAAAAUCUUCCAAAGGACCUAAGGACCAAAAGGGGCUAAAGCAGUGCUCCUCUGUACCACCUUCAAAGUAGGUGUGAGUCAGGAGUUAUGCAACCUGCAGGCCCUUCAUGAAGCCACAUUUAAAUAGGGUCUAAGGGACUUCAGGGACACAGAAGGCUAGCCCCUCUGUCAUUUGUAGCUAAAAUUGCUCCCCCCCCCCCACAUCCCCAAAACACACAUGUAAAUGUUUACUUUUUUUUUCUUUCCCUAUUAAUUUUGAUCUGGAAGUUUUUGAUUUGAAAAUUGUCCUCCCUCCCUCUCUUUUAUUUUUAAUGUAGCAUCUAGAAUGGAGAGAAUUUUUCAAAUAAGGUGUUCAGUCUAGGGAAACAGUUCUGCCACAUUUCUGAUGAUGGUUAUAGUUGAGUAAAAUCAACAUUUUUUUCAGAAGUGGUACUUCCUAUGAUAGAAGCAACCAAAAAAUUGGGAGUGAGGGAGCUUUGCGACAUUUGCAUAGGUACCAACCUGGCAGUUUUUCCAUUUCAACAGAUUAAUGGGAAUGAUCAGAGAGAGAGAAAAAGAGAGAGAAAGAGGGAGAGGGAGAGAGAAUCCCCAUAUUAUGUUGUAGCAGUGUUUUGAUUAAGUCAAUGUAAUUUUGCUGUAAUGAAUGUUGACAUUACUUGCAGCAAUGAUUGUGGUAGGGAUUCUGGCUUGUGCAGGCUAUGCAUUUCCUGUCCCAAUUUAAAGCCUUUGUUAUAAUGUUUCUAUUAUAAACCACCUAUUGAAAAAGAAAAAAAAGCAUGCACACACACAGACACAUCCAUUAAAAUUUUCCAACAACCUUCUCCACUUUUAUGGAAGAAAACAUGGCCCUUUGGAAAAGAGGAUCCCUUCUUCCUCCACUCCCCCCACCCCACACAUUAUAGGGAAAAGACUAUUCAAUCAAAAGUCCAUCUCAUAAAGUUAAAUGCAAUCAAUAAUUUUUACUGGAUCAUGAAGCAAUAGCCGAGGCAAAGGCAUUAGCUCCCUCAAUUCACAGGCACUUUAGCAGCUUCUUAGGUAUUAGGACAUUGUGUAAUUUCUCACAUGAAUAAAUGGCUUGGUGAUGUUGCUGAGAAAUGACACUUGAACUUAAUUUGCAUGCAAAACAUUAAAGGUGGUGGCACCAAGCACUAGAUAUAUAAAUAUAAACAAAAACCCCACAGUUCAAAUGCCAAGGCUUCCCCCUGCAAAUGUGCUAUGAAAACAACGUGAAUUUUCUAAAGAACACAUUUUUAUCAAAACCAUCCUAUCUCUUUUUAAUAACAUGUAACUUAAUUUCCAAGAUGAGAUCCACACAUUUUUAAAUCGCUAAGGUUGAGAAAUACUGUUCUAGAUCAGUAUCUAGAUUCAUUUUUUGGUUCAUAUUUAUAUCCAUUUCAUUUUGAAUAUUCUAUCAAGGACUGACUGACUGCCUGACUGACUUAUUGAUUGAUUGAUUGACUUUAUUUAAAGUUUUAGGCCUCCCAUCUCCCGUACAAGAUGACUCUGGCUGGUUUAUGCUCCCUGAUGCCAGAGUUUUGCUAUUCUUUUUCAGCCAAGAAUCAUCUUUGGCCUGAGAAUGAAUUGAUCCAGGACAAAUAUUGCCUUAUACACUGUAAGCCGCCCUGAGUCUUCGGAGAAGGGCGGGGUAUAAAUGUAAACAAAAAAAAAACUUCAGUUUAAUUAUACUAUCAGUUUUGAGUGAGACUGUUAGUACAAUUAUUUUCAGUAUAUUUAAUUGUUUUUGCUGAUAUAUUAGAAAUUACAGUUGGACUCUAAAUUUGGAGGAUUUGAGGAAUCUCGCUUGGAGACUCUGGAAAGCCACAUCAACCUUGGAUUUUCAGAUUGUACAUCCCCAAUGUAAGAUGAGAAUGCAAUCAGACUUUGUGUGCUGCAUUGUGUGUGUCUGUGUGCUGAUGUGUCUAUUUCGCCAAAGAAAUACAUGUUUAUUCCUAAUAUCCCAUAUAGUCCUCUGUUCCUCUCAUCUGUGAAA